UCCUAGUUGUAGAAUUGAAAAUAUUAGGAUUUUCAAUGGAGUUACAAUUUUUUCAAAAAAAAAUAAAAACAUGCAUGGGGCGGUGCAGUUAUGCGUGGGUAUAAAUGUGGGGCGGAUUUAGGUGAUGCGAUGCGGUUUUAAAAUUUGCGGGUUUAAAAAAAGCCGUCUCUUGUUUUGAUAUUGCGAUGGCGAAGAGAAAGAAAACAUUAGCAAAAUGCAGUUCGGCAAAUUCAGCAAAAAGUAGUUGUAGUUCGAUACACAAGAGGACGAGGAAGAAGAAGAAGAAGAAGAAAUCGAAUUCAAAUACAAAAACGGCUGCUGUUAUUAUUAGCAAUGGACAAGAAAAUUUUAAUCACAUCUCCAAAGGGAAGAGGCUGUUAAAGGAUAACACAGAUCACAUGGAUAUUGAUCAGGGAAGAACGUUGUAGAGCCGUCAAAUGAUAACACAGAUCAGAUGGACGUUGAUCAGGCUACAAAUCACCUCCAAGAGGAAAUAAUUGUAGAAAUUCUCAGCAGGUCACCUUCGAUUCAAAUGCGUUUCAAAUAUUUGGAAACAAUUGAUCUCCGAGCCUUACUUUAAGAUGAAGCAUCUCAAUUGUGCCAAGAAUGACCAAGGUUCCCAAAAACUUCUUAUAAGCAAAAGGUGCCCUAAGUAGCAUAUAUAUUCCAUGUAUUGUUGUCCUUUGUCGCCGGUUCAACUGGUUGAGGAUGUAGAAAAACAUAAACUUGAUUGCCCUUCAAACCCUAAACCAUCGCAUUGCGCAAUCCAUUCUUGUUAUCAUGGCUUAGCUGUUAUCCAGGUUUCUGAUAUUUUGGAUCGUGACAACUUCACUAUUUUGCUGUGGAACCCAUCCACAAUAGAAUCAGUAGUACUUCCCCGUAUAGAAUGUCCACCGGGGUCACUCUCUCGUUUUGGAUUGGAUUAUGACUCAAUCAAUGGUGAGUAUAAGAUCCUUCAUAUUUGCCAGGACUUACGUUCUAAAACAAUUACCAUUGAAAUCCUCGCGUUGAAAGGUGUCUCCUGGAGAAGAAUAGAUCAACAUCCUCGUGGCAUUUGCAGUGUGGUGGGUUCUAUACAGUUUUUUGCAUUUGUACACGCUGCAUUUUAUUGGGUCACUAUUUCAAGUAAUUAUUUUGAGGUGGUUUCGUUUAAUAUUUUAAAUGAAGUGUAUGGAGAGAUACCCUUGUCAGAGGAAAUAUUAAGUUUGAGGCCAGACUCCAGAGGUAUUGGUGUUUGUGUGCUGGGAGGAAUGCUUUGUGUUUAUUCUAAUACGUCUCUUCUGAGUCCAGGUACUGAUAUUUUUAAGAUAUGGGCAUUGAAGGAGUAUGGUGUCAAGGGAUCUUGGAUGCUAUUGUUAACCGUAGAAGAACCUGACUUGUAUCUUAAUGCCAAACCGACAUAUUUGUUUGCGGAUGGUGAAGUGUUAUUCCGGUGCAUGAGUUAUCAACAUAUCGGGCAUACAUUUAGGACACUCAAUGGACCAUUUAGAUCAUGGCCUAUAUGUGAUACCAUGCAGGGUGGAUCUGCUUUUACAGAAAGUUUGAUAUCUCCAAAAUCCCUAACUUAUUAGUUUCUUAUGUAUGAUUUGUAGCUUAUUUCAAAUUAAUAUACAGCGAUAUCUGAGUUCACAAUCGAAUAUUUAUAGUAACUUAUUUCGGGCGUGAGCUGUUAUCAGAUUUAUAAAGAGAGAAGUUCAAGUCCUUUUGUGCA